AUGGCUGCCGCUCCCCGACGCAGAAAGCUCAUCGGCCAUCGUCGCCGCGUUGAAGACGAGGGCGACGACGAGGGCGGCCCGGAGGCCCUCGACCUCGAUGACGAUUCCAUCACCGAUGGCUCCCUUGCCACCGACGACAACGACUUGGCCAACGACAGCGAUACUAGCAACAUCGACGAGACCUCCCCGACGUCCCCGAAUGCCCGGAAGACGGCCAAUGGCGCACCCAAGCACCCUGGCCACGCCGCCAGGUUGGGCACCGAUGCUGGGGCCGAUGGCAAGCCCGUCUCGGAUACCGAUAUGAUGCUCCACGGUCUGUCCAUCACCGACCCGUCGCCCCCCGUCCAGGAGAUGCAUUUCGAUGAGGUUGCCGCCCCUUCUCCGGCCAAGUCUCCUGCCGCCCCCAUCGUGGUCAGCUCCGCCUCUGCCACCCGACAGCCCCAGGGCGCCGCUGCAAACCGCCGACGUCAGGAACAUGAGGACUACAAGAAACGAAGGGACGAGGACCCAGCCUUUGUGCCUAACCGAGGUGCUUUCUUCAUGCACGACCAUCGUCAUGCUGGCCCUGCGGCAAAUGGUUUUCGACCUUUCGGACGGGGUCGCGGUGGUAGAGGCGGUGGUCGUGGAGGUGGCAUUGGGGGGCCUUUCGCUCCUGUUCACCAAUUACACCACCCAGCUGACCCAACAACUAAUUCCCCAUGGACCCACGAUAUGCACGAGGCUGUCACAGAGCCGCAUCGGCCUCCGGUACGGCCUAGACACAUGCAGGAGGAGGAGGGACCGCCAAACGGCAACGGCUUCAUCCCGACAUGCGAUCCCCACCCGACCCCGAUCAACCGUACCCUCUCCACGGAGAAGCACAUUGGCAACGCGCAAGUCCGGGUCUUCCUUCCCAACAUGAAGGCCCCCGCCGUCUUCUCGGGUGUCCCCGUUAAGCAGUAUACGAAGCUACCUGACCACCGCCCACCUCUGCGACGAGACAAACCCGUCCGGAUCUCCCUUCCCGACAACCCGCCACGCUACAUCUUCCCCGCCGCCGACAGGUCUUUCAUCUUUAUCCCCCGUGCGAUGCGGCCUAAUCAACAACGGAUGCGCGGUAAGCCUCGAUCCGCCUUUGGCUCGGUGGGUGGCUUUUCGAGGAGAACCAGCGUCUACGGAGGCAGCUUCUACGGCAGCGUAUACUCGCCCAGCAUUGGCGGACUUAGUCGGCGGUCGUCCAUUGUUGAGAGGGAUUACAUGUUCUCCCCGACAGGCUCCGUCAUCUCGCGGCCGCCAAUCCCAGUUGAGAACUCCCGGCCUAUCGUUAGACUGCCUCCCGCCCCUCGACCCGAUAUGCCUAUGGCGCAGAUUCCUAUGGCACACAUCCCUAUGGCACAAAUCCCCAUGGCACAGGUCCCCAUGGCACAGAUCCCUAUGGACCCGACCGGUCAUUUCGAGGGGCCGAUGGGGCUGGAGACCUCUAUUAACGAUCUCCCCCAGCCACAGACGUAUCCGCUGCCACAGAAGCCUGCUUUCCAGGAGAAUCGGCCUACAUCGGCACUCCCUAUGCAUCAGCCGCGUCCCCAGAAGAACAUCUCGGUUGCUGAUAUUGAGUCUCCCACGCUCUCGCAGGGCCCUCAAGCCUUCCAACAGCCCUUCCAUCAGCAAGUCCCUGUCCAGAUGUCAAAUGGCCUCCCUCAUGAGUCCCACACUCGCCAGUCUUCCUAUCCGUCACAGCACUCUACUGGCACUCCAUUGUCGCAGAUCCCCGAGAGGGCAAUCCAUGCGGCACCAUUCCAACCCAACACCUUUGGCCAGCAACAGCAGCCUUUCUACAACCAGCAGCAACCCUACCAAAUGCAGCAGCAGCAGCAGCAGCAAGGGUACUACUAUCCGCCCAACUACAACAACUCUAACAUGGGUCCAUCCGUGGCGGCUCCUUCAUUUGUUCCUGGACAGCAAGGUGCCCCUGGUAGCUUCACGCCUCAGGCCCAACACGAACAGCCUGUGCAAGGCAACGGCCAACCCCCUGCGCCUAAUCCGAAUCUCGUAGCGCAGGAGGUCAAUGGCAUGGUCUACUACUAUGAUGCCUCUCAGCUACCUCCAGUGAACAACUACCCAACCUACUCUGCACCUCCGGCUUACCAGCCCAACGUCAUGGGCAUGGGGGGUAUGGUAACACCUAGCCCAGACGGCUUCUAUUAUGCCCAACAAGCACCCGGCAUGGUCUACUACCCGCAGUAG